CCAAGACCCUGCAUUCACUAUAUCUGGUCUCCCACAGUACACAGAACAUGGAAAUGCAAUUAUUUUAGUAAAUAUAAACUGCUAAAUACCUUUUCUCAUCAGCAAAGCAUAGUGCAGUCUUGUGAUUUCAGCUGAACAAUGGUUAAAGCUUGUAGGAGGAGUUUUCUUUCUGAUCUAAGAGGAUGUAGAGGUUUUUUUUUUUUUCUUGGGAAAGCGCAUGUGAUCAGCAGAGGGUCAGUCAGCACUGUCCAGACAGA